CGGACCUUGUGAUCUUUUUGUACUGCUCUAAAUUAUUCGGCUGAGACGUGUGCUACUGCUUAGUUGUGUAGCUGUCCCCGCAACUUCGCCAACUUUCAACACCCCGAUUGUAUUGACAAAUGAAUGCUCAGACAUCAGGGGAACCUAGCGGGCAAGAUGCCGACCCUAGCGCUUCGAACGAACCUCAGGUUAACUUUUCGGACGUCUUCUCACUUCGGCGUCCACGAGAUGCCAGAGCAGGCCUAGCGAGUGGUUUAAAGAGUAUUGCGAAGGGCGUAAUAGGUGGAGCUGCGGGGCUAGUAGCAGCGCCCAUCGUUGGCGCACAUCGCGAGGGUGUGACCGGCUUUGCGAAAGGCCUGGCAACAGGCGUGGUAGGGGCGGUAGUGCUCCCGGUGACUGGCGUUAGCGUGGGCGCCGUACAGAUGGUCCGUGGAGUCAUCAACACGCCGGAGGCAGUCUCCCAGUCCUACGGUGGCAAAGUAUGGGACGAGGAGCGGAGGGAGUGGGUGGACAAGGACAUGAUUGUGCCGAUAGAGGCCACCAAAGGGCGCGGCAGCAAGGGCGGGGCGGGCGGCAGCAGACCGGGCGCCGGGGAGGACUACUACGCGAUCCUGCAGGUUCCCCGCGACGCCUCCGCCGACCAGAUCAAGAAGCAGUACUACCUGCUCGCUCGCAAGUACCACCCGGACAAGAACCCGGGGGACGCCACCGCACAUGACCGCUUCCAGAAGCUGGGGGAGGCGUACCAGGUGCUGUGCAACGAGCAGCUGCGCGAGCGCUACGACGCGCACGGCAGCGAGGGGCUGGACGUGUCGUUCAUGGACAGCGGCGCCUUCUUCGGCGCGCUGUUCGGCAGCGACCUGUUCGAGCACCUGGUGGGCGAGCUGCUCAUUGCGGCGGCGGCCAGGAACGGUGGCGAAAUCACGGGCCCCGAGGCGGCUCGCGAGCAGCUGGGUCGCGUGCAGCAGCUGAGUGUCAACCUGAGGGCCAUUCUGAAGCGCUACACGCAGGGGGAUGUGGAGGGGUUCAAGCUGUCCAUGCACGAGGAGGCUGAGCGGCUGGUUCGCGCCUCCUUCGGGGAGACCAUGCUGCACACCAUCGGCAAGGUGUACGACACGCAGGCAGACAUUGCGGCGGGCGGCUUCUUCGGCGGCAUGGCAGCAAAGUUCCGAGCGCAGGGGGACAGCGUAAAGUCGCAGUUCCAAGCUGCCACAGCGGCCAUGAAGGUCUUUGCGGCGCAGCAAAAGAUCGAGGCGUGGCAGAAGGAGCAGGAGCGCCAGCAGGCGGCAGCAGCGGCGUCGACCGCUGCAGAGGCUGGUGGUAAGGCACCCGGCGCCUCCUCCUCCGCGGGCGCCGCUAACGGGGACACCGCCGCCGGCGCAGCCACUGCCCCAACCGCCGGUACAGAUGCACAGGUGCCCACCGCCCCAACCAGCUCAGCCCCGCCUUCUACACCCGCUGCCGCAGCCCCCGCGCCCACCGCCGCCGCCGCCUCCACGCCGCCGCCCGCCCCCGGCCCCACCUCCGGCCCCUCCUCCCCCUCCGGCCCCAGCAUGGAGCAGCUGCUGGAGCGGCAGCGGCUGGAGGAGGCCGCGCUGCCCCUCAUGCUGGAGGCCAUGUGGGCGGCGAACGUGCUGGACAUCCAGAACACACUCAAAAAGGUGUGCAGGGCGGUAUUGUUCGAGGAAAAGGUGUCCCGGCAGGAGCUGCAGGCGCGAGCGGCCGCGCUGAAGGAACUGGGUGCCAUCUUCAUGCAUGCUCGCUCCCCCGAGGCGGCCGGCCAGACGGACGCGCGGCGGCAGAUGGAGGAGGCGCUGCAACGGGUGGUGGAGAAGCGUGCGCAGCAGGAGGGAGGCGGCGCGGCAGCGGCAGCAGCAGCGGAGGGCGGCUACGGCAGCGACCCGGAGUAUUGAGGCGGCCGGCAGCGGCAGGCUGGUGGGACAUGGUCCGGUCAGGUCAUGUGAGUGGCCGCGCGGAUUGAGCGGAGGAGUGCCCUCGGGCUGAUUCGGCGGCAGGACGGCAGUGCGAGUGUGAGAGGGGCGUGUGACCUGAGGGCGGGAGGACGCAUGGGGCGUGGUGUCGUGCGUGUCGUGGUGAGCAGUUCUACGCUGUAUCCCUUCAGUGGUGCUCAGAUACAUAUACUAGAUAUUCUUAUUUGGUUGGAUUCUGUCGUGAUUAGGUUAGAUAGCCAGGCAAUUUGCGCAUUCAUGCACGGUCCUUUCUUGGGUGCAAUCGCACUGCAUUGUCAUCAGGUUUCGGUCGUUAGGACAUACCGGUGUUGUAGAGGCUGUGAUAUAGCUUUUGAGUUCAUUGUCGUCUUAUCAUGUACUGGAUGGUGCUUGAGAGCGCUCGGGAGGCAGGAGGGCACCCACCCCGCCUGCGACAGCAUGCAUGCCAACGCAUGAAGGUAGGAGUCGUAGCACGGGUGUCUGGAGGCGCUAAGCAGGGCGUGUAAGUGGAAAGCAGAGCAGCAGUAGUAAUGGAUGGAUGUGUUCUCGGCGCUCAAUCGCGUUACUCCGCGGAGCGUGUCAGAGGGUCAGAAGAGGACCGCCUUGAUGCUGGCGUCUCCCCAGGUGUUCAUGCGGCGGGAGAUGGAGAGGAGACAUUAGAUUAUUGAAGCCCGACAGAUGUCGCAGGGAUAGAGUUACGGUAUGCGCGAUCCAUUGCGCAGUGCUGCGGACGUUUCAGCUCUGGCUACGGCCGCAUGUGUUUGCGGCAGGUGUGGUGGCCCCCUUGCGGGGCCAUCGUCGGUAGCAUGCAGCUCAGGAAACGACUAAGCAAGGCCGCCGACGCCUUGUGUCGGCAUAAGUACGUGUGUGUUCCUAUGUAUAGGUUGCCACUGGGCACCCGACCACUGCGGUACCAUGUGGCGUUAGUCCCGUUUAGUAUCAUGUGGUUUUGUGCCUCCUAAGUGCAUUUAUUAAGCCUACUAGCGCAGGUAUUCUUCGCUCGUGCUGGUGUUUGCUGCUUGCAGAUGUCCUUUCGCUGCGGGUAGGCGCUGUCCCAGUGCGGUUCUUCAGGAAGUGAGGCGUCAGCGGGGACCGAGCCCCGUGACGUACGGUACCGGUUUGGUGCGCCGGGUGACGUCAGCACUCUGCUCCUGCAGCUGUCGUACUUCAGCUUGGGAAUCCGUGGCAAUGCAUACGGAAGGCUUUCUUGU